GGCUGGAGUGCGUAACGAGCUCGUACAGCAACGUUUCUCGAACGAACGCGCUCUGGCACCGAAAAAAAACACACACAAACAUACUCUCGGCAUCAUCCUUCCGGAGCGCUCUCGUUCACCGAAGUGCCGAAGCAGAGCGUGCAGAGCACGAGGCAAUCGCGCGCAGCCACGGCCGCAGCCGCAGCAAACGACACGGCCAGCAGGACACACAGGACACGGCCCGCAGAAAGCAGCCCGAUACGCUCCCACGGUUCGCAUCGUACGGUUCAGUACGGUACAGGCCGAAAGCGAACGAGGACGGUUUUGGACGUCGUGAUCCCCGCCAUCCCUGUGGUACAACGCUGGUGAGGUGAAAGCUGGUGUGCUACGCGUGCAGUCAGUGCUUCUAAUACUGCCCCGGACUGUCUCGGUGGUGCGUAAAGCGUUUUCCCCCUGUUCCCUGUGUGACGGGUGCGUACGCAAUGGCUGCAAAUCGUCUGUGCGUUGUGCGGUGUUUCUAUCGAUUGAUGUGCAUUUUUGAUUACAGUGUGAGUGAAAGUUGUGCGCUGUGGGUGUAAGACGCAGUGCGAAUAAGGAACGGUGCAAAGCAGGGUGCCAAUGCAGAAGUGAAGCGAAGUAGCGAAGAAGGGAAAAUACUAACACGAACGGGCUUAAAUUAUCUUGACGCGACCACGUGGCUCCGCAUCAGUACGUCGCCAUUACAAUUUCCAUUCGGCCGCUCGGUUGUGCCCGUACAUUGUUGCCCGUCUGUGUGUACCACCACCACUAGGGGUGAUAGGCCCUGUUCCUCUCUGCCCGACGAUUGAGCUGGUUCGGGCUGGCAGGGUCGGGGAAAGCGGAAAUGAUUGCACUGAUGGUGCCACUGAUGGCGCAGACGAUGGUACCGACGCGGCCGCUGCUGACGAUGCAGUUUUGUGCAUAAUUUAAGUGAGUCCUCCAGAAACCCCACCCGCCAUCCCCACACACCCCGCCACGGGUGUGUCGGCGUGCGUGAGUGUGCGCGUGUGUUUGCCUCAGUGUAUGUGUGUGUUGUUGUGUACGCGUGUAAGUGAACCGUGCCCUUGUGCAGUGCUUACGGGCAAUCCUUGUGAUUGUUAACAUCGUUGCUUUUGUCUUCAAAUUACACUCUCGUCGAGUGCCGAGGUUUGGUGCACCGAGGACCAGUAGUGGCAGCAUGGCGGACAGGGGCACGGCCACGCAAUCGUGAUCGGUCGGUGAGCAGCAGAAUUUAUGGCCGAUUCGUGCCUCGGCUCGCUGCUGAUGGAUUAGCUUCAUUGUGUGUGUGUGUGUGUCGUCCCGGUCCCGGUUUGCAGUGUCGUCCUUUUUAUUCACUCUUUCUGCACGGACGCAGCUCGGCAGUUCGGCUGGGCGCAGUUUGUUGCGAAAGCUGGCUGCACCACGCAACCCACCCACCCGUCAUCCCGCCCGUCAACAGCGUGAGUGGGUGAUGAUGAGCUACUUUAAAGUGUGCUAAAGAUAAAAUUAAAGCAACAACAGCAUCGGCAACAAUAAAACACCGAGGAGAGGAGAAAAUAAAAACACAAGGGGCGUAGUUCGAGCGGGGGUUUGACGGCCCAUUCAGCGCACCAGCGGGUCAAGUGUGUUGGGUGUUGAGUUUCGAUACAUCAAACUUUCAAACCCAGUGCCAACGAUAGCGUCGCGCGUGUUUCACACGAAUACACACACACACUGUCCGUCCAGAUGUAAUUUCACUCUCCUCGACCCACGAUCACUUGUUAUCCUCCCUCCACCCUCGCCUGCCUGCCUUCUACACCGUGGAGUGUAAACGAGCUUCUUCAGAAAAAAAACAACAACAACUACAGCAACAAACCAACACAAACACACCAAACCACUCAUAAAACAGUGGGAAACGAGCCAAAGGACUACUUAAUCACUCAACCGAAUCCGGCCUGAGCACGACAAAUUACAACCGGACAUGUUAAUUAACGCCAGCAAAUCGGCAGAAUCAAUUACACGGUAAGCUUGCGAGACCGUCCGGUGUACGGUGUAGAAAGUUGCUGCUGCACAAGCGAGGAACAAAAAAGAAAGAGAGAAAACAACACGCCAAAGACAUAAACUUUUUCCGGCGCAACGACCCAGCAUCACCCAGGCACGAUGGUAUCGGCGACAUAUCAACACCUGACGCUGGCACUGCUGGUACUGUGCAUCGUUACCAGCCCGAUCGAGAGCCGGUACCGGGAGAAGGAUGCCAAGAAGGGCAAAGCACAGCCCAUCCUACCGCAGAUGAUCGUACCGUCGCCGCUGAUGAAUCUCUGCUCGGGCGAUCGGGAGAUGAAGCUCGUCUGCCACUGCUCACCCGACGAUCCGCACGUGAAAGCGCAGAAGGCAAACUGUUGGAUCUUCAGCAAGGAUCUGCCCCGCAAGGACGCCAACUGGCUGGCCUUCCAGACGCAGUCGACGCUGGAGCAGCUCAAGAUCACGGUGCAGAAGAUAGGCAACCUGGCGUACAUACCAUCUGACGUGCUGCACACGCUCAAGUACCUGAAGCAGCUCACGAUCGAGUACGGCGUGAUACCGGACCUGCUGAACUACGCGUUCGGCAAUCUGACCGAGCUGCGCAAUGUCACACUGCACAAGAACCAGAUCCGCAUCGUGCAUCCGUUCGCGUUCGCUAACCACCCGUUCCUGGAGGAGAUCAAUCUGGAGCGCAACGAGAUUCUCGAGCUGGACAAGGAGGCGCUCGUACAUCUGCCGGCGCUCCGCAAGCUGAACCUUGACUUUAACAACCUCUCGAUGCUGCACGACGACGUGUUCGCCUAUCUGACCAGCCUGGACGAGCUGAAGCUCGAAUCGAACCAGAUCUCGGUGCUGACGCGCGAAAUCUUCAAGGGUCUCGGCAACCUGCGACUGCUCAAGCUGACCGCCAACAGUCUAACCUUCAUCGGGGACACCAUCUUCGCGGAGCUGUGGAGCCUGCAGGAGCUGGAUCUGGAUCACAACCAGAUCGAGAAACUAUCUGCCCGUGCAUUCGACGGCUUGAACAAUCUGCGGAAGCUCAACCUGGAGAACAACCGGCUGAAGCGGCUCGAGCGUGGCAUCUUUACCGGCGUACCGGCCGUCCUUAAUCUCAACCUCAACGCCAAUCAGCUGGAAACGAUUACGUACAACAACUUCCUGCCGCUAAUGGACAACCUAGUCAACAGUACGGCCAUUCUUCAUCUCAAAGAUAAUCGGUUCCUGUGCGACUGCCGGCUGCUGUGGCUGUUCGAUCUGCGCAACAACACCAAAAACGAGGACCUUCGGCAAGCGCUCCAGCAGGUGGAAUGUCUGUACGACAUCAAGGGCAUCUACGGCCCGCCAGCGCUGGCACACGGUCAGCCGAAAGAGUACGGCCGCAGCCACCCGCACGAUACCGUCGUGUUCGACGAGGAGUACUACGACGACACCGGCCACCGCAAGCCGGGCGUAGUGCUGCAGCAGAAAAAGUACGGCCCGAGCCGUGCCGGUCCGGACAGUGCCGGCCCGGACAAGGGCCAGCUGCAGCCCGUCACGCUGAUGAAGCUGCGGAAGGACACGAUUCUGCCCUGCCCGAAAGAGCUGGACGAACCGACGGAGCUGCCGCUGUCGCGCGAAUCCAUCGGACUGGACCUGGGCUGGCGUUCGUCGGUGACGGCCAUCAGCGACAGUGCAACCUGCCUCCGGUCGAUGCGGCUGCUGCUCGGUAUGUGUUCCCUGCUCGCGCUCACCCGGCGAAGAUGUUAGUUUUUGGAAGCUGGCCACACUUAUCACGAUUAACGGCGACAGGAUUACUUAUGGCGGCAGGUUUAGGAAAGAGGAAUCCGAUGUGUUUGUGUGUAUACCCUCUCGUAGCCUGUUUUGUUUUAUCUACCAGAAGAUCUCAACCUUCACUGCUCUCGCACUGAUGCUGUACUGUUUCGUUUGUGAAAGGCAGAGGGGAGAAAGAAAGAAAAACCAAACAAACGUGGGAAACGCGAUCCGCCCCGCACAGUGUAAAUAAUGGUGUUAGAUCAGGGUGGCAAAUCGCUGAUUUGCCCGUAGCUAAAUAAUGGUAAUGUAGAUCGAAAACGAAUUUAUACGAAUGCCAACGAUGCUCUACUGCUCGUACGGUAUCUCAUAGGGCAGCCGAUGGGAGGACAGUAUGGGGAGCGUACGCUAGAGCAUUGCAACUGUAACUCUUACAACCAACUUCUGCUCGAUGGCAUACGGCAGAUGGAUAAAUUAAGUGCAUCACACCUAGGACGGUGUGGUCCAUAGCGGCCUUGUACAUACAACCUUUUCCUUCUAACCCUUUUCAUCUGUUCAGACACUCUACCGUAACGUUUUGGUACCUAAAUGUGUGUCUCUGGCCCACGCCCAGGUACGCAGAGAUCGAUCACUUAGUAACAUACUGCACACAAACACUUUCAAUUCCACGCAGGUAUCGGCAAGGUUACGGAAUGUACGUGUACAUAGUAGCACUGAAAGAAUAAUAUUACGUCUUACAACGCGUUCCGAGCGACCAGCACAGCAGCUUUUUCCUUCUCGGCACAGAAUCGGUACGGCUUCGCUGGGUGUUUUCGCUCGAUUAAGUAGCUCUAGCUUGGGUUGACGUUUUAUAUUACUUGCUAGGAGCUAGUUAUUUCAACAUUAUUUUCGUAAAAUAACUCUAUGCCCCAGCAAAUGGUCGUAGAAGCUUCUGUCAUAACUAUUAAAUUAAAUUAAAUGACUAAAUUAUUAAAUGACUUUUGCUUUAAGAAUGCAUACUUUUAGGCGUUUCGAUUCAAACUGUAGUGCCCUUUGACAUUUGGUAUGAGCAUUUUAGCAGCAUUAAACCAAAGGCAUUAUUUAUUCUUCUUCAACACUGUACCAUCAUUCGGGGUUUUUUUUUGUGUUAUUUUUAUCACGGUACAAUUGUUGUUCAUUUUAAUUUAAAUUAAGCCAACAUUGGCACUAAAACUGCAAACAACCUUUCCUACCUGUGCUAGUCAAGUUUACACCAUUAAUUACACGAUCCCCAAUAUUCAGCCCUAUUUUUGAGUGUCUUUUUGCAAAUGAGUUAAUAAAACACCGUUUUUGUAAAGCUACCACUGUACUACCCCGGAACGGCAAGUGGUAGAAGCCUGACUGUGCAUUCCCCAACAUCCAUUCGAAGCUCACAAAAUGAGCCUGUUUGACACCUCAUCAGGCAACGGUCGUCAGUUUCACGAGCGCAGUUUAACGAGCCCAUUACCCCAGUAAGUAACACCCCGCCGCCAGUUCCAAUCUGGCUGACUAGCAGCGCCAUAAAUGGACGUUUGCGCCGGGUGCAGUUAGCACGACGGAAGACGAAACUGAAUUUUUGAAGCAGCCUUAAACUCAUACCAUCAGCGUCAUAAUUUACAUACCCUGACGUCGCUGGUGGAUGAAACAUUACACCAUUUGUCGCGAGUCCCGUCGUUCCGUGGCUGUCAAAAAAACAGCACAGACAAGUGUGCUGGUUCGCUUACACUUCCCAAAGUCACUUGCCCAAAGUCGGAAAACCCACCUCGCAACACUUGCUUGAAGGUGUGCGAAAAUGGAUGCUUACUGCCUGCUGGUGCGCAUCGCAUAAAAUGUGUCUGGAAAUGGAAAGCCUUCAAAGGAAGCUAAAACCAGACUCACAUGAUGCAUCUAAACAGCCGCGCAAGACUAACAAACAAACCCGCCCAAUGCCAGAACAGAGCUGCAUGUGUUUGUGUUUGUUUGCAAACAAGAGAAAAGAAUUGAAAAAUAGCAACAACUACACGCCCGACUACAACGCACGCUCCCGCGCGAAAGUGAACAAGGACGGGGGAUAAAAAAUGAAAUGUUAAUAAAAUAACGAAGUACGUAAGCAUACAUUUACUGCCACCGUAAAAAGUGCAAAACGGGCGUACAUAAACCAAGGCACCGCUGGAAGGGGUGUUUGCGAUGGACCGGUUGGUGGCCCCGGCUAUCGAUGCCCAACGUACGCCGGCGAGGGGCCAAAAAGGGCUGUCGAAAGUUUAUUUUUAUUUCGUUUAUUGUACAGUUUAUUUUUUCUUUAUUAUACAGGCCGAACAAGCAACCGAACACAUACAACACAUUCUGUCGCCACACACCCGGGUUCGCGUUACGGGUGCGCAAUGGGAUUUUUUUUUAUUUUUCCCGAACACGUCUCGAAAGUCUGCUUCGUCUCGUUCUGCUUCGUGGCGCCUUUAAGGAAGAGAAGAGCAAGACAGAGCAAGAAAAACAACUUUGGUACAAUUACGUUACUUCUAUGUCUUUUUUUUUUUCUCGCCCAAGCUGCCCUUUCUUUAGGCGCACCGUGGUGCCAACUUCUCGCAAGUCUAGGGACGCAGACAGGCAGAAGGGUGUCACGGAGCAGCCAAAUUAAUAUUUAAUGUACGCGCAGCCGAUGCUCUACAUCCGCGGAAGGUGAAGCUGUGAAAAUAAAACCGAAACGAAGUUGCGGAAUGUUAAAAACCAACCAAAAUUGAACAAGCUCUUGGGACGGCUAGAACCAUCCGCCAGACACGCCCACACCAUACACACACACACUCUUACACGAACAGAUGGCCGAUCCAUCGGGUGGCGGCAGCAUAAACCCCGCGGGAAAUGGGAAGUUGAUUUUCUUCGGCCCGGCUUCCUGGAGCGGAAUUGGCAGUACAGCCACCAGGCCGGGAAAUGAGCACUAAAAACCCCGAAUUGAACAUCAUGUCUAAGGCGUUUCGGCGGGCGAUGGGGUCGCACAAAACGUUCGACACUAAGGGGUGGGUGGUUGCUCGCAGUGGGUGAUUCGAAUUCUCCUGCAAAAAAAAAGAACCCACGAUGCCAACAACAAACGACUAACACACUUUUCUUGUUGGGUGUGAAACCAUCUUCGAGAAGCGCACCGGAGAACAUCAUUGCAACAUAAAACUAGCGAUACUAGCGCACCCAAUUAGUAGUCGAAUGUAAUCUGCGUAAUUGAGUGUAAUCAUGUUACGAAGCUUGCAAUGGGGUAGGAAGCGGGAGAGCUGAGGCAAAGUCGAUGCAAUCACCAACUCGAGCAAGGGCUCUUUUUUUGCUUCCUCUUUAUGCUGUUCGUUUCCUAUGUUUAAUGCUUUCGGAUUUAGGGGAAAAGGUAAAAGCGAAAGAGAGGGGAUGGAGAGAGUAGGUUAGUGCAAAGUUUUCGUUCCCUAACCGACUUACCGAGUGCCAGGGGAGGGAUUAGAGCAGGAUACUUGGAAAGUUCCCGUAACGAAGAUUUACGAGCCGGGCCACUGCCGGGACAUGCGGGCGCUCGGGUAAAAUUAUGCACCGAAUGCCUACAAUACCGCCAGCCUGGGGAAAAUUGUACGGCCGGGUAGAUGAAUGUGGUUGUUCAGGAGCAUGGGACUACGCGAAGCAUUCGGUAGCACACGGAUAACGUGAUUAGAAACGCCGCGUUGGUAACUGAUACAACACGAGAGCCACGGAAAACUUACUGUGCAACAGACGCAAGGAUGUAAAUUUAAGAGAAAAACACAUACAACAUACUUUUUUUUUUGCAAAACAAAAAAAUCAUUGCAGAAAGGGGGAAGCUGUCGAAACUUCUGCUACAGCAAGUCGUAUACAAACCAUUGAAGUACUUUACCUAGUUAAGAUGAACGAGACAAAACGGUGACAUCAAUGAUUCGAAUAGUAAAUAGCAUAGUCAAUGCAAAGGAAACACACCUUACACACCUUACACAAAUAAAAAAAAAAACGUACAAGCCAGAUUUUUCAUCUGUAAAUACUGUAUAAAUGUGACUCUAGAUGUGCGACCUUAGCUACUCACUCACUACUCACUCCAGAGACACCCAAGCAAAAAGCAAACAGCCCAAACUGAGGGAAAUUUAAAGGCAAUAAGUCACAAAUGGAAACGGUAAAACAGCAGAGCAAGUGGUGACUCCCAGUGAAUGGCCGCCACGUUCUAACACACUGCUAGGCAGGGGCAGAAUAACAUGCGGAAAGUAAAACCAAAACAAACAGAGAAUAAUAUAUGAACACUAAUACAAACAGAAGCAAACCUGUGCAAACGCCCCUCACACUCACCCAACAAAUCGUGAACGUAUUGUGUUUGAUGCGUAGCAAGCAUGAAGAAAUAGUUUGAUAGGAGUUUGUUUUUAUGUCACUUGUGUUUGCCUUAAACGUCCAUUUGCGAAUCCAUUUUUAUUCUGCGAAUCUGCAAAACCAGCGCAAACACACAUACUAAGGUGCGUACACGAUGGCGCAUCCGUGGUAGGCCAGGGCAGAUGUGAACAGUGUUCAACGUGACAGCGAACAGUUUAGCAGUGGAACGAUAACGAAAUGAACCCAGCAUCAGCCAAGCACAGCGGACGAGAUGAAG